AACAAAAACAAAAAAGUCUGGGAUCGCGUUUUUUUUUGUUUGGGCAGCGAUUGAAAGCGCAGACGCAGCCUAAUUUGUUGUUAAUUUCAAUUGUGCAAGUCGCGUUCGCGUUUUAGUUGUUUUUUUUUUCGUGUUUUUCUGUGCGUGUUUCCCAAUUGAAAAAGACUCCAACGAGUAAAGUGAAAAUUGACCCAAAGAUUCCCGAAUAACAGUAACGUUGAGAAAGGAAAUGAGCAAAAAUUGGCAAAGAAUGCAACAAAAUGUAAAGGCACAACAAGAACAGGCGAACAAAGUGUGAUAAAGACAAAUCAAAGUAAAGUUUAAGUGAAAAGUAGUAAAGAAAAUCAGAAGGGAAAACUAAAACACAAAAUCCAGGCCCAACGCGUGUCGAAAGUUUUCGUCUUCUUCUUGUCCGUUCUUCUUUCACACUCACACGCAAGUGCGCGCACGUGUCUUCAUUCGUGUCAAUGUAUGCGUGUGUGUGGUGCAUUUCAUUUAAUUUGCUUGUCGUAUCUUGGCAUCUUAUUGUUAUUCGUAUUUUUAAAAUCGAUUAUUUCUCCAUCGCAAAUCUCCUCAAAUGUUCUCAGCUACCAAUGGCAAAAUCAAGGUGAAAAAUUUACCUUCUGAGGACUCAGUGCUGGUGACCUCACCGCUUCGCUGCCUAUUUAACGGUCCUUUUCGGGAUCUGCACUUUAACGUGAGCGAUCAUCGCAUUAUUCCCGUCCACGAUGUCGUCUUUCUGGACGAUUUUGAACGCAAUGUAAAGCCUUUGAUUUACCGCCCGGUGACGUCAGAGGUUGCUGCCACCGCAGACACCUACGCAGCGGAGCUGUCAAAGCCAGCAGAGGAGCAGCAGCAACAUCAGCAGCAACAGCAUCGACGGCACAGUUUCAGGUGA